UCACAGGCGCGCGGCCUCUGUCUCUGCACUUGUCAAAGGGGUUCAUGCUGACGCUGGCCCUCGGUGUGUCUUUGUGCGCGAGUCCUUCGGCGGAUUUUAGGAAAGGGCUUCGGGCGAUGCCGUGGAGGGGGAGGGCGUGGUGAGCCAAGGCAGGAAGGAGCCCCAGACCAUCUCCAUCAACCGAGGUGGUAUCGACCGAGUGCUCGGAGAACCCUCCUCGAGGGCCUAUGUGUGCCUGAAUCUCUCUUUUUAAGCUCAUUGACGUAAUUCCGGAGAAGCAGCGACCGGACUCGUUGGACUAUCCGAUCGGGAACCGCCUCCGCGGCACCAAGCCAAGAUGGAGUCCGUCAGGAACGACAAUUACCAGGGCUACAGCAUGGAGCAGCAGCAGCAGCAGCAGCAGCAAGGGCAGUUCUACAUAGACCCUGCCCAGCAGCAGCAAGGGGGCAUGAGGGUCGGGGGUGCUCCCCCUGUGGCCGGGGUCGCUUCGAGGCCCUUCGUGGACCCCGAGGCCCACGGCGAGGUCGACCCCACCGCCUACCCCGAGCCGAAGGAAUCGACCCACAAAAUCCGCGGCCGCUCCGACCUCAUCGACAUGUUCUGCAACAACGUCAACCAGGAGCUCCUCUUCGCCAAGACGUUCUACUUCUUCUUCUUCUCCGCCUUCGGCUCGCUCUUCCCGCUCAUGGCCGUGUACUUCAAGCAAAUGGGCAUGAACCCCCUCCAGACCGGCUUCCUCAUCGGCAUCCGGCCCUUCGUCGAGUUCAUCGCGGCUCCGUUCUGGGGAUCCAUCGCCGACAGGUUCCAGAGAGGAAAGCUGAUGUUGCUGUGCUCUGUCAGUGCAUGGAUUGUAUUCACACUUGCCAUAGGUUUCGUCCAGCCUCCAGCAACAUCCUGUGUAGUUUUCAAUGGUACCCAUCAUAUCCUUAAAGAAGCCUAUGCCACUUCGGUCAAGAAACGGAGCAUUGACAUGGAAGACUUCCCUAUGGAGUCGAAUGAAAACUUGCUCAAAAUCGCGGCAACUGACCUCAUACCCGAUCUUCCUGUCAUGCCACACCUCUUCCACAAGCGAUCCAUUGAUGGCAUGACCUAUUACCGUGUGGAGGAGGACGCUUCCCUCAACUUCUACUCUCGACCCCUGUGGAGGCACAAGCGAGACACGCCGCUGCCGCCAGACCACGUGAUCGGGAAGUCGCCCCACGUGGUCCACUACACCUUGAACUUCAAGGAAUUCAAAGGAACGGAAGACUGGCUGUCCCCUCCCUUCUCCAGCAUCGUCUACAGAUCGACUGACGUGCAGAAGGUGUUCUUCCUGCUGCUUCUGGUCGUCAUCCUCGGCGAGUUCUUCAGCUGCCCCGCCAUCACGUUGGCCGACUCAGCGGUGCUGACAUACUUAGGCGAUGAGGCAGAUCACUAUGGACGGCAGAGAAUGUUCGGUUCCUUGGGCUGGGGUCUGGCUAUGUUCUUUGUGGGUAUUGCCCUUGACCACUCCACGGCGUUCCCUGGGCAUCCCUGUGGACCACACGAGAAAGAGCGGAAUUACACCAUAUGCUUUGCCGUGUUCAGCGUUCUAAUGGGUUGUGCACUGAUAACAGCUUCACAAUUUAAGUUCUAUUACUCGGAAGCAUCCAAUGACAUGAACUUGGAAGAGGUGAAAGAACCAGUGGACAACGGACCAAGACCCUGGAAUGAGCCCAAGAUCCCAAUGCAAGAACAGAAAUCGCAGAGGCAGAAGAUUGAUGAAGCUAUUGGAACAAUCAAGACCAAGAUAUUUGCUCAGACAAUGAAGGAAAUGCCUGAAUGGUUUGUCGUCUUGCGAGAAUUUAAAAACCUUCGUUGUGGCGCCUUCCUCUUCGUGGCCUGGUGGAUGGGCUUCGGGAUUGGACUGAUCUUUGCCUUCCUUUUCUGGCACUUGCAGGAUUAUGGUGGUACCCCAACCGUAUUUGGUAUUGCCAGUAUCAUCAACCAUAUAUCAGAAAUCUUUGCGUACUUCUUCAGCUUCCGAUUGAUCUCACAGAUUGGGCACGUAAAGGUGUUGUGUAUUGGCUUAACAGGCAAUGUGGUUCGCUUCUUGUAUAUUUCCUGGAUCAAGAACCCAUGGUGGGUCUUACCAUUCGAAUUUAUUCAAGGUAUUACUCAUGCUGCUGUGUGGGCUGCCUGCUGCUCCUACAUUGCACAUAACACACCACCCCAUCUCCGAGCCUCUUCACAAGGAGUACUCCAGGGCAUCCAUCAUGGCUUUGGUAGAGGAUGUGGAGCUAUCAUUGGAGGAAUAUUUGUCAGUUACUUUGGCACUGCUGUUGUGUUCCGAUCAUAUGGUGUGGUGUCCUUGAUUGUCUUGGGACUUUUCAUCUUCAUCAACUUCUACCGCAAGGAUAUUGGCUUCCAGCCGGAUCUGCCUCCAGAGGAAGACCCAAGGCAGAUGGCAGAAGAAGGAACGGCCCUUGCCCCCCAUGGUGUACCAGCCAAUCCGAUGCCAAGGGCAUUAAGUUCACAAAAGUUGAAUGAAGGAGCGCCAGAUGCUGGUUAUGGGACUUACAAUGCUACCAAUGGAAUGCUUGACAUACCAGGUGGUGGAGGUGCUAGCACAAAUCCAUUCAUGCAAGGAGGUGGAGGUGAGGGUGGCGGUGGUGGCUAUAACUACAGCACCAAGCCCGUUCCUCCAGUGUUCUCUGAGACCAAUCCCUUCAGGAAUUACUUAGCACCCACCAGUCCCUUCCAGAAGAAAGAUUCGCCAGUCACUUCUCCUGAUCUCAGUCCAGAUUAUGAAAGCAUCAAACAAAGAUUCCAAGCAUACAAUGAUUUGCUGAAUGGAAGUAAUACUGGCAAGGGAGACUCGAAGAUGUUCAAGGCUGCUCCUGCCAUAACCUCACCACACAAGCCACAACCCGAGGCAACUGCUCAUGAUUAUGAAUGGUAGAAUCUCAGCUGUCAAGUGAACAUUUUGCAAUACUAUUACUAUGAGAAGAGGUGUUUGUUUUUGAGUUGAACUGAAUUUGAACAGUGUUGUUUAUGGUGCCAUCUGCAAAGGAGAAAAGAAAAUCACGUACCAGGACUUUUUCAUUUUCUGUCAUACAAAACAAGCAUAUAUGAGAAGAGAAAAAUCAAAUGGGUGAAAAACCUAUAUUUGCUUUGUGGUUAUUUAUGACAGAAAUGAUUUCAGUUUAGGAUACUGUCAUACUCAAUAAUACUGAGAACAGUUUAACUGCUUUUAGUAUAAUUUUAACUGAAAAUUGAAAAUUUAUUUGUAGUGUCAUAAGAAAGAUAUUUUGAAUGCUGCCUACUUAAUUUUUUAAGUCUCGUAUGAGAUUAAACUGUAAUAUUUUGGCUGAAUGAAUAAGUCGUAGGCUGUGAUUGACUAAUUUGUUGAUGGAAAUCUACUUAACAGUGCUUCAGUGAAAAUGAAAAAACAAUAUCUACUCCAAAAUUAUUCAAAUAUUCUUAUCUAAGAUGUGAUUAUCAUUUAAGGAAAGGUAGUGCUGCCUUCCGUGUAUGCAUAUCAAUUGCGGUGUUGCGCAUUUCGAUGUGGCACAACAUUUUUGCUAAUCAUUUCUCAGGAAACUCAAAGUUGAUAAUUAUUGUGUGUUUUGAUGCUUGUCGUGGUUUUACCUUUGACUGGCAACAAAAUUUAUUUUGUAAGCGUUUUCCCAUUUUAUUGAAAUAUUUAUGAAGAUUAUGAAAUGGAAUCUGAAAUGUAUAAUUAAAAUGCAAGGCAUGUGGUAAUAAACAAUCAAAGAAAAGCAGCUUCAUUUUUCACACUACAGUUGUUGUAAAUGAAAUUAAAGAUGACAAUGGAUUGUGUAAAUUUGGUAUGUAGUACAGUAUUAAUAUACACAUACAGUGUAUAUACACAAAAUGUAGAGUAUAUAUAUAUGGUUGUAUUAUAUUCUCCUAGAUACUGUAUUGUGUUGAAAGUGCAAAUCUCUUCACAAACUGUUACUAUAUAAUUCCCUUUGCUUAACUCAGCUGUGAGUUUCCUCAACUACUGAAUGAUACUUUGAGAUUCCAUCUAACAGGUUUUCAUUCUUUUAUACAUAUCUGUGAAUCACUGGAUUUUGAAAGGCUGUUCACAGUUAGUAACAAAUGAUAGCUUCCACAACUGAAAUCUUUAGACCCAUUGUAUUCAUUUGGUAUUGUAUGUAUUGUAAAAUAUUUCUAACAUUAGAGUAUAUUGCUUUAUUAUAGGGCAUAUAUAUAUAUAGCAGACCAAAUAGUUUUAUAACAAUCGUUACAGAAGCCACCCAUCAAUUGAAACAUUUUUUUUUUUUUUAUAUUAUUCAACUUCUUUAGCUGGUAAAACUGCCUUCAUGCACGAUGAGCCAUUGAGUCAUCAUUGUGUUACAGAGUAUCAUCAGAAUUGCGGAUUCAUGUCCAUUGUGUAAUCACAGGCAUUGUUGUUGUAGCAGAACCACCACAAAGUGCAGUCUGAUAGGUAGCAAUCUAUACAUAAUCAUUUCACUGUAAAUAUGUUGAUGUCAGCAACCAUCACUGUUGCAGUGUUGCAUCACCACAUAUAGUUGUAUCUGCACACACCCUGUAAAACAUGUAGGCCAGUUCUUUAGUUAAAGUAAUGCGUAGAUGAUAACAUUUGAAUUUUGCCUUAUCAAAUACUUGGAUAGAAGAUACAAGGGAUAUCAAGUGACUGCUGCUAAUUAAUAUGAACCAUAUG